GCGGAACAGUGGCAUAUCUCCCCGUCCAGACCGUUAUCUGGUCCAGCACUGCGACAUCGCCUUCUCUGUCUGUCUUGUAUGUGUCUCUCUGUGUCUGUCUCCAGGUUACCUUGUCUGCACUGCCAAUGGAGGCUUUGAUCAAAGCAGCGAUCCCGGCGCCAGUUCAUCUCCCGAACCGCGCGACAGCUACCCAGAGAUCCCCCAAUCAUCUCUCAGUCUGUCGCUCCCGGAAAAAUGGGGAAGUGAAUGGACUAAAUUCCACUCCCUCAAAUAUUGGACCGGAAAAUCAGGGAGAUGAGCAGAUGACUGAGGAAAUUGUUCAACCAUCAAAUCUCGAAGCAGAGGGAAAACAUGCCGACAUCUGGUGGCUUUUCAAAGAAGCUCAACAAAAUAUUUUGUAUUUAAACAAACAGCGGCUCCUGGUCAUUGAGGAGCUAGAAAAAGCAAACAGUGAGAAACAACUGUUGCUUGGCCAGAUAGAGCAGUUUCAGCUGGCAAAUCAAGCCGUUGAUGGGAGAUCUAAUGGCACUGAUAGGCUAUCAAUUUUGUGGGAGUUGCUGCAUCGAAUAGACUCAAUGGUCCUUACACGGAAAGUCAAUAUUGAGGAGGCAUCCCAUUGGAGGAGGCUAAUCGUGGAUAGUAAAGUUAGUAUAGCUGACGUCUUCUCUGAUGUCCUGGACCAAAGAGAUUCGGAGCUUCUUGAGAAACUUCGUCACUUUGCUGAUGGAAGCAAAAGGAAUGGUUUUCACAUUGUUCAGAUAUGCACUGAAAUGGAACCUUUGGUCUAUGUUGGAUCUUUGGCAUCAUAUGUAACAGGGUUGAGCUGCGCACUACAAAGAAAGGGCCACAUUGUAGAGGUUAUUUUGCCCAAGUAUGCAAGUCUGAACCUUGCAGAGGUUCAAGGGCUAAGAGAAAUUGGGGCAGAAUUCUAUUCAUACUAUAAUGGUCAGCUGCAUGGAAACAGGAUUUGGACUGGAAUCGUCUGCGGUAUUGGAGUUACUCUCAUCGAGCCUAUAUUUUUCUCAUCCUUUUUUAGCCGUGAGAAGAUAUAUGGCUACUCAGAUGACUUUGAGCGGUUUGCUUAUUUCUCCCGUGCUGCAUUAGAUUAUUUGGUCAAAGCUGGAAAGAAACCUGAUGUUCUGCAUAUACACAACUGGCAAACUUCUAUUGUGGGGCCUCUUUUCUGGGAUAUUUUUGUGAAACAGGGGCUUGAAGGUGCAAAAAUAUUGCUAACUUGCCACGACCUUAAUUCACAGUGUCUUGAGCAACCUGAUAAGUUGGCUUUAAGUGGACUAGAACCUGCUCGUCUUCAUCGUCCAGAUCGUUUCCAAGACAAUGCCAGGGCAUCCCUUGUAAAUUUGUUGAAGGGUGGAAUCGUAUUCUCAAACAAAGUUGUAAUUAUUUCAUCCAUGCACUCCAAAGGAAGGAUAAUCCGUAAUUUCAGCUAUGGGUUGGAGCCCACCUUAGCAACUCACAAGGACAAGUUGCUAAUUGCUCCUAGUGGGUUUGACAACUCCACAUGGGAUCCUUUCCAGGACAAAUUUCUUCCCGAAAACUACAGUGCAGAUGACUUGGAGGGUAAAGCAGCUUGCAAAGUUGCAUUGCAGCAGCAUGUGGGUUUGCCUCAGGAUGCUUCUAUUGCACUUGUUGGAUGGAUCUACCAAGAAGUAUCGGAUAUUGACUUGAAGACACUAAAAACCGUUGUCCAGAGUAUCACACAUGGGGGUGGGCAGCUUAUCUUGGCAAGGAUAGACAAAAUGACAAAUCAGGAUGGGGCCUCUGAAUCUUUCAUAAAAGAUCUGAAGGAUGAAAACGUGAGAUUCAUAGAUGGAUACGAUGAAGCUCUGUCCCACUUGAUAUUUGCUGGUUCUGACAUUAUCUUGUGUCAGUCUUUCGAGGAUCCUACACUACAAGUGCCGAUGAAGGCAUUGAAAUAUGGAGCUGCUCCAGUCGUGCUGUCUUCUUCUAAUGACAGAUCCAGGCAUGUUGUUGAUCCCGACCAUGAUAUCUCAGAGUACUCACAGUUCAUAAAGUCCACGUUUGAGAAUAUAUCUCUCAAGCAAGCCCUAGACGAAAUGAGGAGUAAUCCCUUUAAAUGGAAGCGAAAGAUGGCGGAUGCAAUGGACAAGGACUUCUCCUGGGAUGCAGAAACCUGCGACAUACAUAUCUCUGCUUAUGCAGCUCUAAAGAACUUGUAGAGUAGUUGUAACAGUAUGAGCAGGUGUAUGACUGUAUAAUAUAGCCGUCGGUCAUAGUACUGUAGAACCUGCCUGAAAGCCGCUUUAUGAUCGGGAAAUCCUUCGGAGAGUCCCUGCAAAUUGGCCCGAUGCCUGGCUACUAAGAAGAAUUAAACAAUAAAAGCUGGGCGUCAUUUACCGGGUUUUAUGUAGUGCAAUUCUUUGUUUCAAGGUACCUAUUUUCUGUGCCAGUAAAUUCGUUUCUGGUCGUUGGUGGUCGGUCCAAUGUCAUGGAUGUUGUUGUUGCUGGCCUCUUUAGCAGCGAAGUGUAAAAGUUGAUUGCUAAAAGAACCCAUGCCUUACUCAAACCGCGGCCUCAGGCUGCUCCAGAUGGAUGCGAUGCCGGCGGAGGUGGGAGUGCGACAAAGGAGGCUAGGACUCGAAGCCGGUUGCAAUUGAGAUUUCGAUUACGAGCCAGAGGUCAAGUGAUUGGAGAGGAAUCCUACAUAGGUGGGAACAGGGCGCGAGCGUUUUUGUAGGAGGAUAAUUUUGUCUCUCCAGCCAAAAAGCUGUGCCCCCAGCAUUUUUGGCCGUGGAAAUAGACUCAGUUCUUGCUUUAUGCGGUUUAAUGAAUCAACAUCAAAGGGGGAAAAACUAUUGAGAGGGAUUUUCUUUCGCAUGUCGAUCAUUUAGCACUAGAAGAAAAUCAUGUUAUUUUGUUCGGGGAAGCAUUGCUUAAAUUUACAUUCGCCU